AUGCCGAAAAUGCUCCGCAUCGGCGUUGACGUCGGCGGAACAAACACUGAUGGAGUGAUUCUCGAUCCCUCGCGGACAGCGGAGCCUGACAGAGGCAUCGUCGCCUGGCACAAAGCACCCACUACGACGAACCCCAGUCUCGGGAUUAAUCAUGCUCUUACCUCCAUGUUCGAGCAGUCCAAUGUCUCGCCUGAUGAUGUUGCGAGCGUGACUAUAGGCACUACUCACUUCGUCAACGCCGUCAUCGAAAGAGACGCCACCCGCCUCGCCAAAGUCGCCGUCCUGCGUCUCAGCGGCCCGUUCGGCAAACACGCCCUACCCUGCACCGACUGGCCCGACGACCUCCGCUCCCUCAUCUUGGGGUACUACGCGCUGGCGCGCGGAGGGCUCGAGAUCUCCGGGCAAGAAAUCGACCCCAUCGACCCCGCCGAGAUCCGCGCCUUCUGCGCCGCCGUGCGCGAAAAAGGUAUUCGCAGCAUCGUUGUCAACGGAGUGUUCAGCCCGCUCGACACCGUCUUCAAGCAGGAAGAAAGCGCCGCCGCAAUCAUGCGCGCGGGGUUACCAGGCGUGGAUAUUGUCCUAGCGCACGAAGUCGCGCAAAUCGGGUUCCUAGAAAGGGAGAACGCGGCAGUGCUGAACGCCUCGAUAAUGGCGUUCGCACGACGGACGAUCCGGGCGUUCAGCGCGCCGAUGCAAAAGCUGGGGCUGCGGUGUCCGGUGUUUGUGGCGCAGAACGACGGGACCGUGUUGGCGGGGUCGGCGGCCGCGAAGCUGCCUAUCCGCACGUUCAGCUCUGGACCGACGAACAGCAUGCGCGGCGCGGCGUUCCUGGUACGGGAUGUGCUGCGUGAGGCGGCGCUGGUGGUUGACGUGGGCGGCACGACGACGGAUGUGGGCGCGUUGCUGCCGAGUGGGUUCCCUCGCCAGGCCGCCGCGUUCAGUGAGGUUGCGGGUGUGAGGACGAAUUUCUCAUGCCCGGAUGUUAAGAGCAUUGGGCUUGGGGGCGGGUCAGUGGUGCGGGAGGACGGGGAGAGGGUGACGGUGGGUCCGGAUAGCGUGGGGUACAGGAUUAAGAGCGAGGCGUUGGUUUUUGGUGGCGAAGUGCCUACCGCGACGGACUAUACUGUUGCUGGAGAUGCGGGAUUGCAGAUUGGAGAUCGCGCAGCGGCUGAGAAGGUUGUGACAAAGGGGAGUGUGAAGGGUUUCAGGGAGACGGUCAGGAGGAUGCUGGAGAGGAUCAUUGACACGAUGAAGACUUCGCCGGAGGACCUGCCUGUACUUCUCGUCGGUGGUGGAGCAAUCAUCGCCCCUGAAGAACUAAAAGGCGCAUCGAAGGUGCUGAAGCCAGAAUACGCUGGUGUUGCCAACGCGAUUGGAGCAGCGAUUGCGCGCGUCAGCGCGGUGGUCGACACAGUGAAGUCGACAGAGAAGAAAAGCACGAAAGAGCUACUGGAAGAGAUAUCAAAUGAUGCUAUUGAGCGGGCAGUGAAGGCCGGCGCGGCACGGGAGUCAGUGGAGAUUGUCGAGAUGGAGACGCUACCGCUGCAGUACAUCGCAAACAAGUCACGCUUCAUUGUCCGAGCGGCGGGAGACUUUGACUUCACACGAGUGAACGAAGCAGACACGCUACCAGCAGCCGAAGAAGAAGAUGACAACGACAACGAGGCCACAGGCCAACAAGCUCCAUAUGAGAAAAAGCCUGCAGCUCCACAGCAAAGCUCAAAAGACGAGCCCAUCGACAUCGCGUCCUACCGCCCCAAAGUCAUCGACCGCAUCUGGUACAUCUCGGAGACGGACCUCGCGUGGAUCACCACGGGGUGCUACAUCCUGGGCACCGGCGGCGGCGGCAGCCCGUACAGCAACAUGUUGCGGCUGCGCAGCAUGCUGCGCGCGCGCGACGUAAUCCGGGUGAUCAGCCCCUCCGACCUCACGGACACGGACCUCGUUGGCUGCGGCGGCGGCGCCGGGAGCCCAACAGUAGGGAUCGAGAAGCUAGCCGGUGACGAAAUGACCGAGUCGCAAGCCGUCCUCUCCACCCUCACAAACGCCAAACCCACCGCCCUCAUCUCCCUCGAAGUCGGCGGCAGCAACGGCCUGCAAAGCCUCAUCCUCGGCGCCACCUCUAAUAUGGACCUCCCCGCCGUCGACGGCGAUUGGAUGGGCCGCGCCUACCCCACCAUGUGGCAGACGACGCCCGUCGUGGCCGGCGAGCGGGACACGGUCUGGUUGCCCGCGGUCAUGUGCGAUGGGAACGGGAACAGUGUCGCGAUGCUCAAAUCCCGCUCCGACGAGACGACGGAACGCGUCUUCCGGGCCGGGCUCGCGGAGCUAGGCUCACACGUGGGGUGCGCGCUGGCGCCCGUGACGGGCGCAGAAACGCGGCGCUGGGCGGUCCCGCACACGCUCUCCCAGUCCUGGCGCAUCGGGCGCGCCGUGCACGCGGCACGGCAGACGAACCGGCUCGCGCACGUGGCCGACGCCGUCGUCGAUGCUGUGGGCGGGCGAGGGGUCGCGAGCGUGCUGUUCCGGGGGAAGAUUGUGGGGGUUUCGCGCGUGCUGCGGAACGGGCAUGUGUAUGGGGAGGUGGAGAUCGCGGGGAUGGAUGACGGUGGCGAGGGGGGUGGUGCUGGUGCUGGGGUUGGGGCUGGGGAGGAGGAGGAGGAGGUUAGGGAAGGAUGGAAAGAGAGGUACGCGACCCGCGUCAAGAUCCCCUUCAAGAACGAGAAUAUCGCUGUCCUGGCUAUAGAGCCUGGUGGCGUGGAGACGCCGCUGGCCACUGUCCCGGACCUGAUUGCAGUUAUUGACGCGCAGAGCGGGGAGGCGGUCGGCUCGCCAGAGUAUCGCUACGGCGUGCUGGUUGCGGUGGUGGGGAUUGCGGCGGGGGAGCAGUGGACUGGGACGGCGAGGGGGGUGGAGCUGGGAGGGCUGCACGCGUUUGGCAUGCACGACGUGCGGUGGACACCGCUUGGAAGGCGCGAGGAUGGCGUUAGGGGCGUGGUGGACGAGUUUGCGACGUAG